UCAUGUGACCUCAUAUGCCCCGCCCCCUCCCAUUGUGUUCUCUGCAGCCUGUAAUGUUUCCUGACUGAUAUCUGCUGAGAGUUGUGAUCCUUUCAUUUAUCUCUGACCCUCUCAGCAGCCGCUGAUCCCUGUCAUGGCCGUCCCGUGCAACGUGCGAGCGCCGGUUCCACUCCAGGUGGGGGAUGGGACACCAGAGCCGGGUCGUCCGGGCGUGAACGUCAUCGAUGUCACCUUCCCCUCUUCUCAGGCGGUGGAUGUGCAGGAGAUUUCCUUCAGGAAUUUCUACACGGCUUUUCUCACCAUAAAAAUCCAGCAGCGGGGAGCGACGGCGUCCAGGAAGAGCAGGACGCAGACAUGGCGGACGUGUGUGAGGAACCUGCAUCUGAUGCCCAACCCCCACAUGGAGGAGGGGUCCCAGGACUACGUGUCUCUGCACCGGCCGCAGAUGCUGUGUGAGGCAGAUAAGGUGGUCUCGCUCCGCUUCGUCCUGAGGCAGCCGUCCCCCGUCUGGCUUUCCUUUACCCUGGAAGAGUUACAGAUCAACCCACCUGGACGGCAGAUUCCGCAGAACCAGCUUUCCUGGUGGUUGUCUCAUCUGCCGCCCAGAGAGGAGCGCCGAAAGCUGCACAAGGGUCUCCCGGAUCCAGAGCGAGUCUCCAGUGAGGUGCAGCGGAUGUGGGCGCUGACGGAGGUGAUGCGCUCCAGUCAGAGCACGGCCACAGUCGGGAGGUUUGAUGUGGACGGAUGUUACGAUAUAAAUCUUCUCUCCUACACAUGACGCAGCCUCCGCGGGGUCAAGACAGCGAGAAUGUGAUGGACAGUGGGCCCGUGCCGCAAUCCAGGGGCCACUGCCUCCAGAUCAAGUCAGCGGGGUCCAGACUUCAUUCUUUACUCACUGUAGCUCUGUGCAUGUAACAACCCCCCCCCCCCCCCCCCCCCCCCCCCCCCCCAAUAACUAUAAGGGGCCACAGGUGUCAUUCCAGUUUUCCCAGAUUUCCCUGCUGGCUGUGCAGUCCCGGAAUAAAUCUUCAGUA